UGGAAUCAGUUUAACUCGAACCUGCUCCGGAAGUGGAAGACAGUACCGCGAGUUCCUUGACCAAAAAACCUAGUACUUGAAACCAAAGUCCCAUCAAUAAUUAAUAAAUACAACGAUAGAUCAAGAAAUAAUAACGUUUAAUAAUCCCUAAAACUAAAUAAUAACUCUGCAAAGGUGUUUAAUAAUUGAAAAAUUCCAAGUGAGUGGCAAUAACUGGCACAACAAUAACAGAAACAAUAGCCAAAUGCAAUUCGACGCGUCAAGUGAAUUAAGCGAUUUUUAAAGCUUUACGCUAAAUGAAAUUUGAAUUGCAAAAGUGUUCACUUGUGUGUGCAAAUUAAAUUACGCAAAUCAAAUAAAUGCUUUAACCAAACCGGAGGAAAACGAAAUAAAUAAACAAACAGAAAAAGUCAAGCAGGAAUCCAAAAGCCGAAAAUGUUGCCGAAAAAAAUCAAGCUACAAUUUGUGUAAACAAUUCAACGAAUACAUUUUCCCACAUUGCCACAGAUAAAUAGAGAUACAACACUUAACCAAACAAGCACAAAAUAAAACAUAAACAAUAAUAAAAAUGUUUAUUUUAACGGUAAUUAAAUUGCUGUUGAUAGCGUUGAAUAUAUUUCCCAGUCGGUUUACGAAUCGACGGAUUAUGUUCCUCAUCUACAUGACGAAUUUGGUGACACAUGUUAUGAUGGAUGAGCCACGAUUCGCACAGCCGAUACCGAACGUCACUGUCGCCGUGGGUCGGGAUGCCAAUCUUCCCUGCGUGGUGGAGCAUCUGGGAGGCUACAAGGUCGCCUGGAUUCACAUUGACAGGCAAAUGAUUUUGACAAUCCACCGGCAUGUGAUAUCGAGGAUUCCGCGCUACAGCAUCACCUACACGGACAAUACGUGGCUGCUGCACGUGAAUCAGGCUCAUCAGGAUGAUCGCGGCUACUACAUGUGCCAGGUUAACACCAAUCCCAUGAUUAGCCAGGUGGGCUACCUACAGGUGGUGGUGCCGCCGAACAUUUUGGACAUCGAGAGCACACCUUCAUCAGUGGCGGUGCGAGAAAAUCAAAAUAUCAACAUGACAUGCCGGGCCGAUGGUUUUCCGGCUCCGAAAAUUAUUUGGCGGCGUGAGGAUGGCGAGGAAAUUGCUGUCGAAAAGAAGAAAAAAGUUCUGGUGUACGACGGUGACGUCCUGCCACUGACCAAAGUGAGUCGCAACGAAAUGGGCGCCUAUCUAUGCAUCGCCACCAACGGAGUACCGCCCUCAGUGUCGAAAAGGAUCAUUUUGGACGUGGAGUUUUCGCCAAUGAUUUGGGUGCCGAAUCAACUUGUUGGCGCCCCAUCCGGCACAGAUGUAACCAUCGAUUGCCACACGGAGGCACAUCCCAAGGCCAUCAUCUAUUGGGUGUAUAACUCGGUGAUGGUAUUGCCGAGCAAGAAAUACAAAACCGACUACACGGAGAACUCCUAUCGUGCCCACAUGAAGCUGACGAUAAGAAACCUACAAUAUGGUGACUUUGGCAACUAUCGAUGCAUCUCGAAGAACUCGCUGGGGGAAACGGAAGGCUCCAUACGUGUUUACGAAAUACCUUUGCCAUCCACGCCAUCCAAGCAGGUCACCCACACCACCGUAGAAUCCAGGGAGAACAAUAUUAUACCCUCAUCACGCAACGACACAACGAAAUCCAUGCAAACGGAUGUGGGAUAUGCCAUAAGAAACGAUUUAUAUCCUGGCUCGGCCUCCUCGUCCUCUGCCGGUCCUGGUGGCAGCUCCUCGGCGGCCUCCUCGUCCUCGACCUCGAUGCAGACAUCAGCCCUGCCGGGCGGCGGCGGUGCUCCCGGCAACAGUCUCUCCUCCUUGGGGGGCAGUUCCAAGGGCUCCCUGGCGAUAGGCAAGAGCAUGUUCUAUACGGAACGACCACCGAAUGAGUACGCCUCGUCAGUGGCUGACUUGGUGCCUCAGAGGGCUCUGCUCAGCUGCUCGCUGCUGUUGGGGUCUGGAGUCUUUAUGGUCCUGCUUUGAAAUCAAUAAAUCGUCUUUGAGUUACUCAAUAAGCAUUUUGAAAAUGCAGCCAAAGGGGGUCUAGAAAGGGGCGGGAUAGUUUAGGUACAUCAACAUAUUUCAUAGCUGAAAGUAUAUCAAAAACCCAAUAAUACGACUAAACCAAAACGAAAAGAACAAGGAUGCUUCAAACAUGGCUAGCGCCAAGGCUACAAGAAUUUGUAAAAUUAUCGAAACGAAAAGCAAAAGGGAGAAGUAUUUUGCAAAACUAUAAAAUGCUCAUCGUAUGUAUAAUACUUUUGAAAUUGUAAGCUUAAGAUGAAUUAUUCACCCGGAAAGUGAAUGGAAAAAUAUUACUUGUACAAUACAUAGACUAUGUUACAAAUAAGAUUUAAUAUUAUUUAAAAACUUUAAGUGUGAGUUAUGUGUCUCAUUAAGUUAUUUUUCCACCAACAUAUCAAAACAUCCGAUAUCAUAUCUUAUAAACUAUAAAGUUGAAUGGAAACAUAUCCCAAAUGUGAUUGAGUUUUACCGAUUAUCAGAAGUGGUUUUAAAACAUCAAGACACCUUUUCACUAUUUAAGAGCUUCAAUAUACCGACCGUCAAAAUCAAGAGGAUUUAAUUCUCGUUGCAGGACAGCCCCUUUUCGCACUCAAACGAACAGAAGCAAAAAAUCCAAUUUAUUUAAUGAAAGAAAAAGUCGAUGGGAUGUCGACGCCUCCCGAUUCCGCCCAUCAAUGCAUUGCCGCCAUGUGGCGAUGGCUUCAAAUUUUGUAGCCAUGCGGGGCAUUUAAACGCCUUAAAAGUGUCAUUCGUUUUUUGCAGUCACCCCGCUGCUGCUGGCGGAGUUCUUGCCAUGGUUAAAAUUUGCAAUAAUAAUUUGCAUCGGCUUGAUUCCGUUUCCUGGGUGCUGGUUUCCAGUAUUUCGGCCUCGUCAUCACCGGCUUUUGUGCACUUCCAUCAUUUUUUAAUAAAUGUGCAUGCUAAUUAUAUUAUUACUUAUACGACCCGUGGUCCCAUGUGAACUCGCUUUCGCUCGGCAUUGGCCAUCUCGUUCGUGUCGGCCGGACGGGCUUCAUCUGUGCAAAAUACUUGCAAUUAAUUUCAGCAUAAAAUUGCGUGGCCUGCGGUCUCCUGGCCCCGCACAAUGACACACAGUUAACAUGUCCAAUUUAUUGGCCAUAACUCAUGACCCGCCCAAGGAACGGGAGGGCGGAAGAGAGACAGACACUGCGACAGCACCAUCGACGGGGCAAGGAAAAAUGACAUUAAGGCCAGAAGAUAUAUGGCACAUUUGCAUAUAGGUUCAUGUAUAUGUAUAAACCGAACAGCCGCGGGUUUCGGUUGGGGGGUUUGGAGGUUGGAGGUUAAAGGCCUGCCAAUUUACUGUAUUUAUACCUCACGGUGUUGCAAGCGGGAUGGAAGCAGCAUGCCACGUCGCUUCGUCGCCCUUGCACGAUUUUAAUAAUUCAACUUGUGUUGCAUAAAGUUUGCAUUGACAUAAACAUAAUGAACGAUGGAAAACCGCAUGCAAAAUUGCCUUUCUCCGGCCGGUUGACAGAGGCUUUUCCCCCUUUUCCAUACGAUCUUUUUUGGUUUUAUUAACAAUUUUACUGCCGACGAGAAGAAACGAAAAAAUCGGAUCCGGAGAGUUGAAAGUAUUGACAGUCUGCAUUCGAGGGCCUGGGAUGUGUUGACAUUGCAACAAUAACAAAAUUAAUGUAUUUUAUUUAAUUCCCUUCCCCGCCUAUCCAACAAUGCAGCUAAUUAAGCAUUUUGAAUGCAGGGCAGCGAAAAAGUCGAAGGAUAUCUUGGGGGAAAAUCUGCAGAAAAACUGCCACUUUUGGGGGUCGUAAAUUUAUUUAAAAUUCUGCCCCAAAUAUUUAUGCAUUAUUUAUUUUAAUGGCUUGACCCAAAAACGCUUCCAUAAAUAACACGAAAAUAUUUCAAAAACUUUAACCGCAGUUUUUCGUUUAAUUAGUGAAUGGCGCCAAUUAAAAUUGCAACUAUUUGGUUUUUUUUUGUGUAAAUAAGCCCUCUUUGGGGUGUUAAUGACUAGCUGUAAAUAAAUGUUGACCCUUUUAGUUGUGUGUAAAUAUGGUGAAGCAUAAUUGACGCAUCAAACACUCAGAAUUUCGCAUAGAUUUACAACUCAAUCAGCCCGAAAAUAAUUCAAACUACAUUAGCCAUAAAACUUUAAAAAUAUAACUCGGAAUGGAAUGUUAAAUUCGCAUAAAUAGGACAUAAAUCAUUCAUGUAACUUGGCAAAUAUCACAAUAAUUAUAAAUACAUACACGAGUAUAUUAAAAAUUAAAAUAACUAUAUGCCUAUACGAAGUAAUUGUAUUGUUUGUUGCCUGUAUUUGAGGGAUUAGCUCAACAUCAAGUGAAUAAUAUUCAAUGUUUGAAGCUUUUUUGCAAAUAAAGAUAAUAUUGACGGAUGUGUUUUCCUAUAAAAAAAGUUUCCAUUGUGUAAAAUAAAUAUAAAUGGUAAUUAAAUUAGAUGAAACAAAAAAAUAUGAAUAUGGUAAGCUGAAGUGGUGUAUUUAGUUGAUUGAAUUAUAGGGGAAUAAUCAUUCUUCUUUUCAAUGUAUUAAACAUAAAUCCUUUUGUUGUUUUGAACGCAAAACUAUUGUAAAAUAAAAAUCUCAAAGAAACGAAAUUUAAGCUAAAAUAACAAAUCUACGUUUAAGAUUGAUAAAUUUAAAUCGUAAGCAGUUAUACAAUUAUGCGAUAAUAAUUAUAUAAUAAAACUUUAGGUUGAUUGAUACCAAAAACCAAAACAAAAAGAAACGCAACCCGAACAAAACAAACAAAGUAAAUGAACAUAA